AUGUCGAAACCACGCGUUCUCCUCCUUGGUGAGAUUGACCACGCACACAAAGAAUGGUCAUCUCUCGCUUCGAUAUCAGAAGUCAUCGAACCAAAGGCUCGGUCGCGGGAAGAGUUUAUUGAAGAAUGCAAGGCAGGGGCUUUUGACGGGGUGGUUGCCGCGUACCGGACCUUCCAAAGUGUUGCUAUCACCGGCUUGAUUAAUGAGGAGCUUGUGGCUGCUCUGCCCAAGAGCUUGAAGUUCAUGGCUCACAAUGGAGCCGGGUAUGACCAAGUUGAUGUUUUUGCUUGUACCAGGCACGGCAUCCGUGUCUCCAAUGUUCCUACUGCCGUGGACGAUGCCACUGCAGAUACAACUAUGUUCCUUAUCCUAGGAGCUCUGCGAGGAUUUAAUACUUCAAUGAUGGCCCUCCGAAACGGCCACUGGAAAGGCUCCCCUCCCCCACCUCUCGGCCACGACCCACAAGGAAAAGUCCUCGGAAUUCUAGGAAUGGGUGGUAUUGGCCGGAAUCUAAUGAAGAAGGCUUCGGUAUUCGGGAUGACCACAAUAUACCACAACCGCAACCCCUUAUCAGAAGAGCUGAGUGGUGGUGCCAAGUAUGUCAGCUUCGACGAGUUACUAGCAAACAGUGAUGUUUUGUCUCUGAAUUUGCCUCUCAAUAAAAAUACCCGCCACAUUAUCUCGACCAAGGAAUUCGAGAAGAUGAAGAAGGGAGUCGUAGUUAUCAACACCGCUCGUGGCGCUGUCAUGGAUGAAGGAGCACUCGUCAAAGCCCUCGAAAAGGGACAAGUAUGGUCUGCUGGCCUUGAUGUUUUCGAGGAGGAGCCAAAGGUCCAUGCAGGCCUAGUUGCGAACCCAAGUGUGAUGUUACUGCCGCAUAUGGGUACCUGGACGGUGGAGACACAGACCAAGAUGGAGGUUUGGUGUAUUGACAAUGUGAAGAGUGCCGUUGAGAAGGGGAAGUUGUUGAGCCCUGUACCAGAACAGAAGGAUAUGUGA